UAAGACUGCCGGUACUAUGUUAAAUUACAGUGAUGAGAGUGGACAUCCUUGUCUUGUUCCUGACCAUAGAGGAAAGGCUUUCAUUUUUCCCCAUCCAGGAUGAUAUUAACUCUGGGUCUUUCGUAUAUGGCCUUUAUGAUGUUGAGGCAUCAGUGUCAUUCAAAGAUGUGACUGUGGACUUCACUCGGGAGGAGUGGCAGCACCUGGAUCCUGCUCAGAAGACUCUCUACAUGGAUGUGAUGUUGGAAAACUAUUGCCAUCUCAUCUCUGUGGGGUGUCACAUGACCAAACCUGAUGUGAUCCUCAAGUUGGAACGAGGAGAAGAGCCAUGGACAUCAUUUACAGGUCAUGCCUGCUUAGAAGAAAAUUGGAAAGAGGAAGACUUUUUAGUGAAAUUCAAGGAACACCAAGAUAAGUUUUCUAGAUCAGUUGUAUUCAUCAACCACAAAAAACUGAUUAAGGAAAACAGUAAUGCAUAUGAAAAGACAUUUACUUUAAGCAAAAACCCUGUUAAUUCAAAAACUCUACCUCCUGAAUAUGACACUCAUGGAAAGAUUUUUAAAAAUGUUUCAGAAUUAAUCAUCAGUAAUCUAAGUCCUGCAAGAAGAAGACUUAGUGAGUAUAAUGGAUAUGGGAAAUCACUCCUCAAUACUAAAGCGGAGACAGCUCAACCUGGAGUCAAAUCCCAUAAUCAACGUGGCAAGGCUGUCAGUCAUAAUGAAGUACUUAUGCAAUAUCAUAAGGUGGAAACUCCAGCACAGUCAUUUGGAUAUAAUGACUGUGAGAAAGCCUUCCUUAAAAAGGGAGGCUUAAUUACACAUAAUAGAGCUUACAGAAGAGAAAAUCCAUCUGAGUAUAAUAAAAGGAGAAGAACAACCAAUAUUGAAAAAAAACAUACAUGCACUGAAUGUGGGAAGUCCUUCUGCAGGAAGUCAGUAUUGAUUCUGCAUCAGGGAAUUCACACAGAGGAAAAACCCUAUCAGUGUCAUCAAUGUGGAAAUUCAUUUAGAAGGAAGUCCUAUCUCAUUGAUCAUCAGAGAACUCACACAGGAGAGAAACCCUUUGUUUGUAAUGAAUGUGGAAAGUCCUUCCGCCUAAAGACAGCCCUCACUGAUCAUCAGAGAACACAUACAGGGGAGAAAUCAUACGAAUGUCCACAGUGUAGGAAUGCCUUCAGAUUGAAGUCACACCUCAUUCGUCAUCAGAGAACUCAUACAGGAGAGAAACCGUAUGAGUGUAAUGACUGUGGGAAGUCCUUCCGCCAGAAGACAACACUCUCUUUACAUCAGAGAAUUCAUACAGGAGAGAAACCCUAUAUUUGUAAAGAAUGUGGGAAGUCCUUUCAUCAGAAGGCAAACCUUACUGUACAUCAGAGAACUCAUACGGGGGAAAAGCCCUAUAUUUGUAAUGAAUGUGGAAAAUCUUUCUCCCAGAAGACAACCCUCGCUCUUCACGAGAAGACUCAUAAUGAGGAGAAACCCUAUAUUUGUAAUGAAUGUGGGAAGUCCUUCCGCCAGAAGACAACCCUUGUGGCACAUCAGAGAACACAUACAGGGGAAAAAUCCUAUGAAUGUCCUCACUGUGGGAAGGCCUUUAGGAUGAAGUCAUACCUCAUUGAUCAUCACAGAACUCACACAGGAGAGAAACCAUAUGAAUGUAAUGAAUGUGGGAAAUCCUUCAGUCAGAAGACAAAUCUGAAUCUACAUCAGAGAAUUCAUACAGGGGAGAAACCCUAUAUCUGUAAUGAAUGUGGGAAGUCCUUUCGCCAGAAAGCAACUCUCACUGUACAUCAGAAAAUACAUACAGGACAGAAAUCCUAUGAAUGCCCUCAGUGUGGGAAAGCCUUUAGCAGGAAAUCAUAUCUCAUUCAUCAUCAAAGAACUCAUACAGGAGAGAAACCAUAUAAAUGUAAUGAAUGUGGGAAGUGCUUCCGCCAGAAGACAAAUCUCAUCGUACAUCAGAGAACUCACACAGGGGAGAAACCCUAUAUUUGUAAUGAGUGUGGUAAGUCCUUCAGUUACAAGAGAAACCUCAUUGUCCAUCAGAGAACUCACAAGGGAGAAGACAUAGAAAUGCAAUAAAUGAUGUGACUUCUUUGUAAAGCCUAUCCAAGUUAUUGUAAAACUUUAGUUUAAAAAAAAAAGCAUGCUAAAACAUUUUAAUAAGGUAAUUUUAAUCACAAAUGUAAUAAUAGUUAAAGUACCAACUACAUAACUACUGUUUACUAGCAUAUAUAAUGGGUAUGAUCAUUGUUAUUGAACUCUAUCAGAAAUGAAGCUAAUCUUUAAGUUUUCAAGUUCUGUUGACUCAGUUUAUUUUUUUAAAAAGUACUUACAUGCAGAGGCAAUUACAAAAUGGUCAUAAAAUCAAUUUUUAUAAAAGAAAGAAAAUAUGAAAUAUAUUUCUCCUUAUGCUCUGGAAUAAAAAAGUUGUUACUUCCCCAAAGAUUACCAAGUACCUGGCUUAUAAUGUCAUGAAGUAGUCUUUGCAUGUCUUUAAACUUUGUUUUAUCAUGUGUCAUGAAUUUUUUUGUGUCUUGUUUCACUCUACAUUUUUAAGAUUCAUACAUUAUUGCAUGUGGCAGUAAUGUGUUCAUUUUCAUUCUCUUUACUCUUCAUUUUAAA